AAAACGGUCAUCGCCCUUGUCUUCUUCUUCUUCUUCUUCAUCUCACCAACCUUUCCCUUCCCGUCCCAACCGCCGUCCGCCUGCUCCCUUCCGCUCACCUGCUUCAUCUGUUUUGAAGAAAAAAAGGAAAACAGAAGGAAGAGAGUAAAAGAGGCCUGCGCUGCCCUGCGCCCCAGAGUAUGCGCUUCUAACACUUGCAUAUUUGGAUGGAUGAUGUAUAUGGACGGAUAGAGGUCUUCCCCCAACACUUUGUACCAUCAAAAGAAGCUAUGGAGACACCUGACGGUCUAUCAACAAGUAAGAAUAGCCUGGAUAGUCCACCAAGUUCAUGUAAGCGUUCCUGGACUCCAAGACGAGUUAAGGGAGCUGCAUCCAUUUUGCAUUUAUUGUCCAUUCCCCGCAUAAGAUGGUCUACAAGCAAUGAGGAUGAUGACAAGAUUGAAUUAUCUAGAGCCGAAGUAGAAACUUUACGAACCGAAAUAGCGGGUGCCGAGGAAAGGGAAUCUCACUUAAAAGCUCGGUUGGAAAACAUUGAUGAAGUUUUGAGAUAUGCACGGCUUUCUGGCUAUCUCUACAUUAGAAGUCGAUGGACCCAACUCCCUGGUGAACCACCUAUAUUAGAUGAUGCUGAUGUGGAUGACUGGCUUCCUCGCUUUGUUGUUCUACAAGGGCAGUGUUUAUACUAUUAUCUGAAAUGUACAGAUCUGAGCCCACAGGAAUCUACACUCUUAUGUGAUGUUGUUGAAGUAGGGCAGCUUCCAGACUUUGUGCCAGAAGAUGAAAAGACGAGAUAUGCGUUUUACCUGUUGACCCGUCAAGGGUUGAGGUUUGAAUGCUCCAGUACCUCCGAAAUACAGGUUGAUUCAUGGGUAAGAGCACUGUCAAGUGACUGCAAAUUGCAGGAUGGCGCUGGUGAUGAUAAGAUGAUGAAUACGAGGAGUAGCCAAGUAGAAGCUGGGUCAUCAUGGUAGACGAUGUAUGGAGUGCUGUACAGUACAAUAGUCAAUGAAAUGUACAUACAUUACAUGCAUGUAAAGGGAGCAACAUAGUAGACGCAUUCAACACGAGAUGACAUGUUGCUCGUGGUAUUUUUCAACUUUUAGGGAGCACACAAAUGAUGUAUUUCUGUAGCAAAAAAUCCGUCGUCCGUUUGAGUU